AUGAUUUUCGACAUUUGGCCCCUCGACUCUUUCGGCCCUUCUGCUGUGCAUCAUCUGGAGAUGACGAUCUGGUUCCAGAGAGCCAGCGAGCUGGUAUGCUACUACGUAUGUACCCUGGGAAUGGACUUCACUGUUCUCUGGGUCUAUGUCGACAUGCUCGCAACACCAUCCCCCCACGUAUCCCAGGAAUCCUCCAUUUCACCUGCAACUACCCACAACUCACUAACGACGCACUACAACCGAACUUCUGCCAGUAGUGCACCACCAAAAACCCCUUGCCAGCCUAGCCGGUCCUGGCUUUUUAUGCAUGUUGCAGCGCCACAUGGUGGGAACCAUAGCUCAACGACGCUAAUCACCCUAUUUGAGCUUCUACAACCAUUCUCGGUUUCUGCCAGCUCUACCAAGCCUCACCGCCUGAGCGUGGGAAUUCUUCCUAUUCCUUUCAUAUCCGGUUGUAUCGCUCCCUGCCAAGCUGAGGAUGGACAUCUACAAGACGGUGCCGCAAUCGCAUCGAGUGCUCGAUUUCGCUUGCGAUUGUCGAUGGGAAGGAUUUCGGGAGCACCAUUACACGUGAAACACCGAACGAUCUACGGACCUGCAUAUUGUCACAACGUCCAACGGAGCUUCGUGAUCGGCGGAGACCCGCUGCUGGUACAACAGCUGCGCAUUAGUAACACAGUAGGCACCUUACGCUUCCUGGGCCCCAUGCAGGCUCUUGCUGUUAGUGAUCAUCUAAUAAAAUCUCCGCAUGUUGUCACCAUAGAAGGACUAGACCACUGCAAGAUGGGUCGUUCGCAAACUGACAUCCAGACCGAGUUCAUCGUCAUGUCCCUGCUGUCAACAGCGUCAACAAAGUCACAGGGUGGUAUCUUUGCCGCAUCACAUCGGGCUGCUGUAAUGAUCCUGUACAACUAUGCUUUUAAGCCCUUUGAAAAGGCUAUGGUUUUCAUCAGUCCUGCUUCUCCUCGCAUCGCCGCUCAAGGCAUCUCCUACUGUCACAACCAAGCCAGCGUCACUUUCAGAUUUCCUUGGGCAAAACGUUCCCUCUUGCGCUCAGUCUUGCGUCCGCUCUUCGCUGGACGAGAGGUUUCCGGUAGCAUUAAUACAGGAGAGUCAUUGGGUGAAGUCGCAGUGGGUUGUGUUUACGCGUCUUGCUCAUCACUAGAUCGUAUCGAUGCGGCCUAUGGUAUCUGUCUGGGUAGAAAGGACGCUGUGAUGCCCACCAAAACAGCUCUUACCUACACUGUCAUUGCAAGUAGCACACCUCGCCCGACUUCGCUGUCAUCACAGAGUUCAAUCGCGUCUAGCGCCUCGGUCACUACAACGACGGUUCAGACCCAACCAACUCCAACACAGUCUGCUUUUGCAGAUACGGUUUCGACCCUCCCACCUGCCACUGCGUCAAGCUCAUCCACACCUGUGCCAACUGCAGAUGCAGGUGUCGCCCCGCCAAAGAUGACACCGGCACAGAUUGCCGGGCUGUCAGUGGCUGCUGUGGCGGCUUUCAUCAUGGCUAUUGGUCUCAUGGCCUUGAGCGUGUGUCUACGAAGACGAAGGGAACGGAAGAUCAAUGUAGAUGGAGAUGAGAAGGGUCUAGGUGGGCAAUCGAGGUCGCUUUCCGCACGGUCUGCGCGUUACCUCUCACUCGGGGGCCAGCCAGAGUCUCGUGUGCAAUUUCCAACGAUACCUCCACCGGUAGCUCGAAAGAAUAAGAUGGCAGUUGGACCAAGUGGCCAUGCAGCCAGCCUGAGGACCGCGCGACCGCAACAGCGGCUAGGCGUAGGAACUUCCAACGCUUCUUCGAAUUCCUCCUUGCCACUUGACCAGAUAGGCAUAGCAAUCAGUGCGGAGCUCGACGGAAUGUCUGCCCCAAGGAAGGCGCUUGCGAAUGCUGCCUCUGACAAAAAACAACGCCCUUGUGACGAGGCACAGUCUGGCGUGCCGUUUCGACCUUUUAGUGCCCUUACACAAGAGACAGUCUUCGAGGAGGACGAUGUUCCAGCAUGCCGCAGAUCUUCAGUCCUCGUUCCGAAACUACCAGUACCAAUCCCUCCCAUCCGCAAUCUGCAGCCAUCAAGAUCACCACCUACAUACGAUGUUAGUAAUCGCCAGGCAGCACGCAAGUCGGAGCUGUCUCUGGAGAUUCCCAUACGUCACCAACGUCCUCAGCCCGAGAGAAUGAUCACCAAAGAUGUGUUUUCGACCAGCUCACAGAGACCCGUCGUUCCAUCGCUGCGUCCUCGGUUAGCACCACCAAUUCAAGCAAACUCGUCCAAAGAGUCCAUAGCCAACACAGCAAGCUCGCGCAACGGAAGCAGCGACGGAGACAUCAUCGACUACUACUUUUCGUCUCCCCAAAACCUCACCCCAAAAGCCAGUCCUGCCCCAUUCAGCCGCCCCAAAGACUCCCCCCAAACCAUCCAAAUCCGGUCCAAAAAGUCCCUCAGCACCCUAUCCCGUCUCUCGUCGCGCGCCUCGUCAGCCAUGAACAACCAGAACAACAAUCAUGCCCGCGACUCGCUCUCGUCGCAAACCUCCUUUGAAUCCGAUCCCAACGACUCAACACCAGACUCGGACGAAGACAAGCAGCUCUCGAGCGAUCCCACUCAACAGCCGCUCUCCCCCGUCGCCGAAUCCCCAAUUUCCAACCUCCGCUAUCCAAAGGUGCCGCGUGCUUCGAACCAGCGCGUUGCGCGCUCUCCGCGCAGUCCGGGCGCAGGCUUCGGUCCUGCUUUGAUGAAUCGCGGGCCAAACAGCUUCACGACGCCGACCAAGAAAGCGGUACUCCUUGCCCGUCGCGGCGCCAUCUCCCCUCCAUCCCUGCUUUCCAAACGCAACAGCGCGCUCCCGCCUCUUCUCUUGGAGUCGAGGCCCAGGCUGCAUAGUCCGCCUCGCGACCCUUUUGUUUCGCCGGCGAGGGCGAGGGGUCAUGGGCGGAGUGUUAGUGCGGGGUUGGCGGAUGUGGGGUCGUUGGUUGGGCGUGAUGGGAUGGGGGAUGAGCGGGAUGUGGUGAGGCCAUUGAGGGUGAGGGGGAGGUGGGAGGAGGGUGGUGUUGGUGGUGAAGAUGUUGGUGCUGGUGUUGGUGCUGGUGCUGGAUCUGCAAGAGCAGGGCCAGAGGGUGGGGAGUUGAUGAGUCCAGUUUGGGUUCCUAGGUUGACGCCGACGAGGAAGGGGGAGGAUUUGUGGAUUCGAGUUGGGUGGUGA